AUGUAAAACAAUUAGACCUCUAAGUUUGAUAAUGAGAAUAUUAUUAUCAAUUGUGUAACAUACAUAAAAUUAGAAAAACUUGGUGAAGGGACAGAAAGUAAUGUUUAUAAAGGGCUAAAUACUUAAACGAAUGAAAUUGUAGCUAUUAAAGAAUACAAAUAAUAAAUUAAUGAAAAGGAAUACAGUGCAUUGUAAGCACUUUAAAAAUAGAAUUUGAAAUAUAUUAUUGGAAUAAAAGAAGUAUUAUAUUAGGAAUAAAAAGAAACAAUAAUUAUUAUGGAAUUUGCUGAUGGAGAAUUCAAUGAAUUUAUGAAAACAGAUGAUUAUAAACAAUUAAGUAUUGAUUAAAAAAAUAAAUAUUUUAUUUAAGUAAUAAAAUAAAAUGAUUAUAUUAGAUGGCAAAAGGAGUUAAUUAACUACAUGGUUUGGGAUUAUUUCAUAGAGAUUUAAAACCAGUAAACUUUGUCUAUUUUAAUAAACCAAACAAUUAAAAAAUUAUUAAAUUGAUUGAUUUUGGAAAAGCAAGAAAUAUAGAUAAUAAUAAUGAUGAACUUCGGAAAACAUAUUAAGUUGGAACACCUUAAUAUGGAGCUCCAGAAAUUAUUACGGGUGAUUAUGAUAAUUAAAUCGAUAUCUGGUCUUUGGGACUAGUUUGGUGGGAAAUGUUAACAAAUGAACCAUUCUUUAAAAGUAUCAAUUAAAAAAAAAAAUACAAUCAAUAAAUGAUAGAUUCUGAAAUUGAUUCUUGUAAGUUUAUAUAAGAAAAAGAGAGUAAUUUUCUAAAAAAAAUGUUAAAUUUAGAAGCUUCUAAACGACUUUAAUUAAAAGAAAUUAUAUACGCUUAUAAGAAAUAAGAUGGCAAAUAAUAAAAUUUAAUCAAUAUUAAUUAAAAUUAAAGCACAUACAGAAUAAUAAAUAAAAUUGGUUAAGGGGCAGAAUGUAUUGUGUAUAAAGGGUAAAAUACUUAAACGAAUGAAAUUGUAGCUAUUAAAGAAUACAAAUAAAUAAAUCAAAAUGAAUUAAAAGCUAUUUAAGCAAUUAACUAAAAGAAUUACAGUCAUAUAAUUGGAAUAAAAGCAGUCUAAUAAAAUUCUAAUUCAUGUAUAAAAAUAGUUAUGGAAUUUGCAGAUGGAGAUUUUUAUAAAUUUAUGUCAACAUAAGAUUAUUAAAGAUUGGGCUAUGAUUAAAAAAAUUAAUAUUUUCUUUAAGUAAUUUAAUUAUAUGAUAAUUUUUAGAUAGCAAAAGGGGUUGAUUAACUUCAUGAUUUGGGAUUUUUUCAUAGAGAUUUAAAACCAGAAAAUUUUGCAUUAAUUGAUCUACCAAACAAUUAAAAAAUUAUUAAAUUGAUUAACUUUGGUUUUGUUAAAGAAACUGGAAAUUUUAUGGCAAAGACCGCAUGCGUUGGAACGCCUUAUUAUAUAGCACCAGAGGUCUUAAAAUAUUUUUAAAAUUAAUGUUAUUAUGACAAAUAAGUUGAUAUUUGGUCUUUGGGAGCCAUUUGGUAUGAAAUGUUAACAGGAUAAAAAUUAUUUAAUGGUAAUUUUUAUUUAUAAUCUUAGGUAAUAAUUAAGAUGAAAUAUUUAAUUAAAUCUUAAAUAGUAGCUAAAAAUAAAUUGAUUAACUAAUUUAAAAUAAUCAAUAUAUACAAAUAAAAGAAAAAGAAUUAAUCAAAAGGAUGCUUAGAAAAACACCAAUAGAAAGAAAAUCAUUGAAAGAAAUAAUUGCAGCUUAUAUUUAAUAACAAGUUCAAUAUUAACCAUUUCAAAAUUAAUAAUUUCUAAAUUAACAACCUCAAAUCCAAUAAAAUUAGAAUUUAUACCAAAAUUAAUUUUAAUAAUUCUAAUUCUAAUAAUAAUAAUAAUAAAAGCUAUAAUUUAAUUAAAUGAAUCCUCAAAUAUAACCAACGAAUAAUAUUUAAUUUCCUAGUAAUUCAACAUAAAUAAGAUUUAAAUAAUAGAUUUAAUAAGAAACAAAACAAAAAAACAUGGAGGAAGAAUUAAAAUAAAAAAGAGAAGAUUUAGAAAAGUAAAAAGAGAAAGAGUUUGCUGAAAAAUUAGAAAUAGCUAAAUAAUAAUUACAAUAAGAUUAUGAAAAGGAAAUAAGAUUAAAAGAGAAUGAAUUAAAAUAGUAACAAGAAAAGGCUCAAUAAUAAGAUGAGAUGAUUUAGUAAGCAAUUAAGUUUUAAAAUGAAAUGAAUAAUUUCAAAUAACAGAAAGAAGAAGAAUAUUAGAAAAAUAUUGAAUAGAUUUAAAAGGAGGCUUAAAAGGGUAUGUAAAAAGAAAUUGAUCAAUAAUUAUAAGAUUAUAAAAAAUAGAUUAAAGAAUAAUUAGAAAUAGAAAUUGAGGAAAAAUAUAAAUAAGAUUAAAUAAAUAAAGAAAAUGAAUUAAAAUAAAAACAAGAAUAAGAAAAUAAAAAAUAAUUAGAAGAAAAAAAAUAAUCCUUGAUUAUUUAAUUGCAAACUUAGUCAAAUAAUAUCUAAAUGUUUAUAUCAAAUCUAAAUUAAAAAUUAGUACAUAUAAAUGAUAUAGACACAUAAGUUUAAAAUAAAAAUGAGCUAAUAAAUUUAAUAAAUAAUGAAAUCUAAAAAUAAAAUAAAAAACAAAAUGAAAAUGAAGAAAGUCAACAAUAAAUUUAAAAAGCUUCAUUAUUAUAGGAACUCAGUGGAUUGGAUAAUAAAAUAUCUUAAGAAAUGUCAUAAAAUAUAGAAGAAUAAAAUAAAGUUAUUAAUAAAAUUAGAGAAUAAUAAAUAUAACUUGAAAAGGAUGUAAGUGAAAGAGAGAAAAAUAUUUUUUAAUUAUAAUUUACUAAAGUACAAGAAUAGUUUAACUUAUUUUAAGGAAUUAUUUAAAAAUUUUAGGAGAAAAUUAAGUUUUAUGACAAAGUUUCAUUUUAAAUGUAAGAGGAAGAAAAACUUCAUGAAGUUAUUGGAUAAUAUGAAAAACUAUUAAUAUAAUUCUAAGUCUUAUAAUCAUUAGUGAAAAAUAUUAAUUAAUUUGAGUUAUCUUAACAAGUUAUUAAUUAUUAAACCUUUAAUAUUAAGGUUGAAGAAAUUUAAUAAUCAUAAAAUAGACUUAAAAAUUAAAUUGAUGAAUCAAAUAAAUCAAUUGAAUAAACUGAUAUCAAAUUUAUUAAUGAACACCGUAGGUAAUUAGAUGUAUUAGCCCAUAAUUUAAAUGAUUACUUAGAUAAAUUUAAAUAUCUGUCUAAGAAUGAAAAAUAUAAAAAUAAAAUUGAUUAAAUAAUUUCUAAAAUAGAAAAUUGUUUUAACUAGUUAAAUCAAUUGAAUUAAUUAUUAACAUAAGGAAUAUUUUAAAAUUAUCAAUAGUUUAAUCAAAAAAUAGAUUCAAUCAAUCAAAAUUUAUAUGAAUUUUAAAAAUAACACAACUAAUUGCAUGAAUAAAUUUAUCAAGAUUAAUAAAUUCAAUAACAAAAUGAUGAAAGAACAAAAAAGUUAAAAAAUAUUGAAGGAUAAUUAAAGGAAUUUACUGAUAAAAUGAAUUCACUAAAAACUUAGAUAAAUAAUUUAAUUAAUAAUCAAUAUUGCAAUAAUGAAUAUACUAGAAAUUUAAUAAUGGAAAAAUAAAGUAAAAUUGAUCAAAAUAUUAAUUAAAUUUAAAAUUAAUUUAAAAAUUUUAAAGACUUUAAUUAACUUACACAGUCAGAAAUUAACAAUCAAAUAAGCUCUUUAGAAUAAUUUUAGGAGAAAUUAAAAAAAUAAAUAGAUGAUGAAUAAGAGUAAGUUAUAUAAUUAUAAUUUAUAAUUUAAAAAAUAGGAGCAGAAAAUAAAAGUGAAUAAGAAAAAGAACUUUUACAAUAAACUAAUAAAUUAUAAUAAAAAUAAAUGCAACUUUCAAAAGCACUUUCAACAGUCUAUAUUGAAUAAGAUUAAAUUCAAUAAUAUAGGAGAAAAAAGAAGGUUUACUAGUACAAUUGAAAGAGGAAAUAAAAAAAUUAGAGGAAUAUAACGAAAUAAACAAUGAAAAUUAGAAGUUAUUUAAUGAAAAAUUAUAAUAAUAUAGAAAAUAAUAAACAUCACCUAAUUAAUAGAAUAAAAUUUAAGAAUUACUUUAAAAAUAACAAAAAUUUAAUUUUGAAAAAACCUUAAAAUUGAAAUACAUAUUGGGGAAAGUGCGAAAUAAGCCAAAUGAAUUAUAAUUUGAAGAUAUCAACAAUAAUCCUUUUGAUUAAUUUGAUGUUUUAAAAGAAAACGAAAAAAAAUUAUCCUAAGAAAUAAAUAGCAUAAUUUCCUAAGAAUUAAAUUAACAAUUAAAUCCUUCAUAUUAUGAUAAAUUAACAAAAAAAAUAAAUAAUUUAAUUUCUGAAAUAGAUACGUUAAUUUAAUAAAUUCCUUAAUAAAAUUAAAUAUAACGAUUUUAAAAUUAAUAUAAAAAAAAUGUAGAAUAAUUUUAAAUAUUAUAUGCUUUAGUUAAUUAUAUAAUGUAGUAUCACUUAACAAGAUAUUUUGAGAGAAUAAAAGAAAAUGAAGAUAAAUCAAAGGAUAAAUAAUAAAAUUUUAAAGAAGGCAGUUAUAUAAAGGCCUUUCAUGAUAAAUAAAAUGAAUAAACGAAAGAGAGCACUAAAAAAGAGAAGGAAGCUUAAGAUUUAUUAAAGAUCUACGAAAAUAUUCUAUUUAAUAAUUACUCUAAGAAGCUGAUUGAUGAAAUGGAAAGAGAUUAUUAAACAAUCAAGAAGGAAAUUGAAACUUAAGAAAAUUUUAUAAAAUAAAAAAAUUUAGUUAAACUAAGAGCAUGUAUUAAAGACUAGAAAAUUAUCAAAGAAAUUAUAAACGAUAAAUAAUAUUAUAAGAUUACAGAGUUUGCAUAGAUGUUAAUUUUUUAAAUAAUUAUGAAAUGA